GAUACUACACAAUCAUGGUGAUUUUGUUCAAAAUUUGAAUUGAAUGUUAGGAAGACCUCGGGAUUCUGUAAGUUCGACUUUUGUGGAAAGUUUAAGCAUGACUACAAAUUGAAUUGUUAAUUUAUGACUGAUGAUAGAAAAAUCAAAUGAAGUUGAGCAUAUUUUAUUAGAUAAAGAAUAAUUCAAGUUGACUCAUACCGGCUGACAAAGAAUAGACUUGCCAGCAUAGAAGAAAAGUGUUGUUGGGUGUCAAACUGUAAUCUCAGAUUCAUUUUUAUUGUAAAAGAAUGCUUGCUUGGAUUUUCUUCAAUAAAACAAAAUGACAAAAAAGAAAAAUAAUAGACAGAAACGUCAAAAGGAUGUGAAUGAUACUUCUGAAGAAGAACUUAAUGAAACUCCUUUUCAAGGAAAAAUUUGUCCUCAUAUUCCUAGAGCUGUCAAUUUGGGUCGUGUUAAGCGAGUUUUGAAGAAUGCUGGAAAUCUUUCUGUUUGCAGUGGCUGUUUACAAAAUGAACCAUCUGAGGAAGCCCAUGUAGAAGUGUGGUUAUGUCUUCAGUGUGGAUAUCGAGGAUGUGGACGUUUGUCACCUGCGAAACAUGGCCUCCAACAUUAUAAAACAAUUCAUUCAGAUUGUCAUUCCUUAGUUUUAAGUUCUUCAUCUGGCAUUGUGUGGUGCUAUGACUGUGAUGAUGAGAUACAGCUUGAAUCUUCUCGCAACCUGAAGCAGAGUGUAGAGUUUAUUUUAAAAAUGAACACAAAUAACAGCAAUGUUGUAGUUGCCAAAAAUGAAAAGAAAAUCUCUUCAAAUCAACCGAGCUUAGUAGAGACUGUUCUGAAAGAGCAGAAUAAUAUAAAAAAUAAUGAAGUUGAGGCUUCACCCAAACAACCUGAACCAAAAACAGAAAACAAAAAUAAAAAAAGUGUAGUUCCUACUAAAAAUUGUGUAAAGGGUCUUAAAAACUUAGGACAUACAUGUUACUUCAAUGCUGUUAUGCAGAAUUUAAGCCAAACAAAACUUCUCUAUCAUGCAUUAGAAGAAUCAUGUUCACCUUCUUAUAAAUGGGAAAUACCUGAAUUAGUGGUUGAAGAUGAUAUUGUAGUAGAAAAUCCAAAGGAAAUUCUGAAGAUAUCAUUACCAAAAGAAUUCCAGUUUGUCCAUACUUUUGCAGAAUUUUUAAAGAGAAUGAAUACACAUUGUCAAAAAUCUGAAACCAUUAAUCCAGAUGACCUUUUUCGUGAUUUACAAAAAAAGUCUCCCCAGUUUCAAUAUUUUAUACAACAAGAUAGUCAUGAAUUAUUAAGACAGUUCUUAGAUGGUAUAAGACAAGAUGAAGUAAAGAGGCAAAAGAAGGCAAUUUUGAGAUAUUUUAAUAUUGUCAACGUGAAUCCUGAAGAAAUUGACGAAGAUACAAAAAAAUUGGUAAAAGCUUAUGGAUCUUAUGCUUCUCAUACAAUUGUUGAUAAAAUUUUUGGUGGUCUUCUUAUAAGUACAGUUUUGUGUGAAGAAUGUAAAAUGUCAUCUCAAGUAUUUGAACCGUUUAUGGAUAUGUCAUUACCAUUGUUUGAAGAAAAGCAAGAAAGUUGCGACCUACCUGCAUUACUUGAUGGAGGAAAGCAAGCAGAUCUCAAGCCCAUUCGAGGUCGGAAAUCGGAUCAAGAUGAAAAUGAGGAGCAGGUACUCAACAGGACUAAAAAAGAUUACUCAAAACCUAGCAAACAUCAAGAAAAGAAGAUGAAGCAAAUGGAAAAGAAAGAAAAGAAAAAACUGAAAAGGGUACAGAUAAAAAAACCAGUUGAAUUAAAUGGAAAUUCGCCAGAAGAAGUUGACACUUCUAACUUACCUGAUACUGCAGUUGACAAUGAAGAGGAAAUUGACGAAAAUGCUGAGAUUGAUGUUGAAAGUGAUGAGCCAAGUCAAUUAAAUAAUGAAUCCACAGUACUGCCACUAUUGAAGGAAACAUUACCAAAUGGGGACAUAUUAAGUGAUGAUGAUUCAGAUUCUGAGAAAAUGGAAUUAUUAGAAAAAACUUGUGAAAUAAGUCAUACAAUUGACAAAGAGACUGGUGAGAGCAUUCCUGUGCAUAAGAAUUUUUCCCCAGUGAAAUCUGGCCAAGUUGAAUCUAUAUUAUUAUUUGACGAUAUUGAACUAUUUUUGAGUGAUGAAGAAGAUAUUGAUGGUCCAGUUGAGCAUUCUGAAGAUGCUUCAAACUCUUUGGAAACAAAUAAUUCAAAUGUUGCUAUUGAGGUUGAAAGCCUCGAUGAUUCGGCGGUGGCUGAUCUAUCAAACAGCAUUGAAACUGUUACUAUAUCUGAAGUAAAUUCUGGAUUGGAUGAAAGAAUACAUGCACUUUCUAUGCAAGUAAAGGAAGUCAGAAUAAGGCGAGAUAGUGAUAGACAGGAAAGUAUCCUGUCCUCUUCGCCAAAUGCAGAUGAUUUUGAAAGUUCCAAAACUGUUCCUGGAUCAGAUGACAGUCCAGAUGAAAAAAGUACUAAUGACCAGGAGGGGGAUCUUUCACACAAUCUGACUGAGAGUGAGACAAAGGAAUGGAUAUUGAAGUCUUUGUCAACACUAAAGCCACGAAAGCAUAUGGCUGCCCUAGAAUGCUCAAUUGAUACUUGUCUCAGCCAUUUUACAAAACCAGAACUUCUGACUGGAAACAAUAAGUUUAGAUGCGAAAAUUGUAGUGAAAUAAAGCGUAAAAAAUCAGGUGAUAAAAAGGCUGUUGUUUAUAGCAAUGCUAGUAAACAACUCUUAGUAUUCAGUCCUCCUGCAGUAUUGACUUUGCAUUUGAAAAGAUUUCAACAGAUUGGAUUCAGUUUAAGGAAAGUGAAUAGAUUUGUGGAAUUUCCUUUAACGCUUGAUUUAACUCCUUAUUGCAGUUCUGCUUGUUUGAUACUACCUCACAUGGCCACAGUGAAGGAUGAGAUCUUGUAUUCAUUAUAUGGAAUUGUUGAACAUAGUGGUCAUCUACGAAGUGGACACUAUACGGCUUAUGUGAAAGUUUCAAAACGACAAUUAAAUCAGUCAUUUAUGUGCAACUUGCCAUUAGCUCAAUGCAAUUUAGAGCAAUUGUUGCGCAAAUUUUCCAAAACAAACUCCUCUUGGGAAAAUAAUUCUGGAGAAGAAUUGAAUGAUGAAAGACGAUGGUAUUACAUUAGUGACUCUGUUGUUAGGGAAGCAUCUGAAUCUGUUGUUUUAAAAUGCCAAGCAUAUCUGUUGUUUUAUGAGAGGAUAAAAUAAUUAGUUCAAACUUUAGCUAUGUGUAAUUUUUUUUUGUAUUUGUGUGUGUGUGUUUUAUUGUUGAUAAUAAGUUUGUGCUACAAUGACGAUAUUUUCCAAUUACUCUAAGUAAUAAAAACUAAUUCUGUAGUUAAUUUAUUUAUUUUACUUUUGCAGGUAUUGUUUAAUAACUGUAUUACUGCUGUCGUGUGACAACAAGUAACUGUACAGUGAAACUCUAAUUAUUAUUAUUUAUUGAAACCUGAACUGAUUUAAAUAAUUGAAUAUUUGAUUAAUUGAUGAAAAACAAAUCAUUUCUAAGAAAAAAUAGAAUUUUCUUAUAUCAAUAAAUUUGUGUACUUACAUGGCCUUUUAAGGUAUCACUAUCUUUUCUAAUUUUUACCUAGGAAAAUUUUGUUUGUCUAUUUAUUUUUCCCAAGGUUAUCUAAAUAAUUGGUCCUCCAAAUAAUUGAAUUUCUACUGUAAAUCUUUCAUGUGUGUAAUAAAAAAAAUGCAUAUGUUUUAAAAUAUUAGGUAAUAUUUUAACAAAACCUUGUGCAUAACUGAGUGUAAUCAAUAGAUACUUAUCAUUCAUUGAAAUAUUAUUAAAAUUUAUAAUUAGAUGAAAAUGAUAAACUAUAGUACUGCAUACAUAUUGGCGUUUUUAAACACUUAAUAAGUAAAAUUUUAAAGAUAUAUUUUUUAAACAUGUGUAUAAAACAUAGUUUUCAAAUAGGUUUUUAUUUUGUUAUUGUAAAAUUAUUCUUUUCAAACUUGACACUUUCCUAAAAUAUUUUUAAAUAAAAAAAAGAAAGAAAUUUGUCAAGCUUACUAUAUGGUAAUAGAAGCUACUUUUAGUAAAUUUUUAGCUUCAGGCUUUGGAUUUGAAGAAAACAUGUUAGUAAGAGUGGCCUCUUUUUAUUUUCAAGUUGACUGACUUCCAAAUUCUUCACUUUUAGAUUUCCCAUGGUAAUUCUAGAAUUAUCUUAUUGAUGAAAAAAUUGUUUUACUUAUUAUAACUGUUGCUAGAGAAUACAUUUUUAACUGGGUUGGGGAAUGAAUGUUAGAUGCAGUUCUUUGAGGUUUUGAAAAAGAAGGGAGGGGGGGGGUGGGAUUGGUAGUAGCAAAUAAAUAUCUAAUGAUGCAUAAUUUUUGUUACUUUUACCCUGUGUCCCUUAAGCAAUAAUGAUAUUAAAAAAAUCUGUAUGUUCUUCAGUUAAAUUUAUGAUUUACAUUCUUUUUAAGUGACAGAAAGUGUAAUAAUUGAGUAUUACUUUUGGAAAUAUCAUUUUUUUGAUGUUAACUUUCAGCCAAUAGCUAAUUACUUUAUUUUUUAACCAUAAAAGACUUUAACAACCAAAAAAUACAUAUAUAAGUAAUUGUGUUUUUUCACAUCCAUUUUGAUCCAAGCAAGAAUUUUAAUCCCCCCCCCACCCCACCUAUUCUUUUAUUAUGGUAAAAAAUAUAAAAGUAUUUAUUAUAUCAAUGAUAUUACAUUUAAUAAUUGUUGUUUUAUCUCUAAUUUAGUCUAUUAUUUAAAUAAUCAUUCUAAAUAUGUUUUUCAUAAUCUUAUUACUUUAUUCUAUCAAUAAAGUAAUAAAAAUAGAAUAGCUUAUUAAUCUGUAAAUGUAUUUAAAAUGACAAUCUACAAUCAUGAAGAAUGUUUUAGCAUAUUUAUUAAUGGGAAUAUUGUUGUUAAUAUAUAUGUUAUUUUGGCAGCAUUUUAGGCAAUUACUAUUUUUUAUUGCAGCUUUUAAUGUUAGUUUACUAUGCAAUUCCUUCAGAAAUCAGUACUGAAUUUUGGCUACUUCCUUAUGAGUUUUAGCCAUUCUAAAGUGAGAGAGAGAAAGAUAUAUAUUGGGAAAUUUUAUUGAUUUAAAUAAGUAUAAAAGUAUAUAUAAUGGUGGUAGUCAACUGAUAGUUGAAAUGUGAAGUAAAUUACAUUUUACCUGCAAAAGUAUCGUAAUUUGUUAACUAUUAAUCAGAAUUCAUUUUUUGAAAGAGAGGAUACAAAUUUUGAAAUAUAAUUUUAUGCAAAAAGGGCAAAUAAGAAAUAAUUCUAUCUUAUUUUAAAUAUUUACUCAAUAACUUUUCUUUAAUAAUUACAAAUUCCUUAGAGAAUGAUCAAAAGUACACAUUCAUUAAAUUCGAUCUGUUUCUUUUUAUAUUCUUUAAAAAAAAUAAUUGCUUAUGUGAAAAAGAUUUAAUAUGUUUAUGCUGCAUAUAUAUGAUGAUAUAUGCAGUGAUAUGGUAUUAACAAAUCUCUUUAUGUUUGACAUUACAUGAAAUAAGAAAAUUUGAGCAUGUUAAUCGUUCUUCACUUAAAGUAAUGUAUGCAUAUGAGAUGGAGCUUGACAUUAUCUUGCCCAACUUCUUUAAAAUGAACUCUGAUUAAUAAUUAUUCCUAAAAUGAUAUUUCUUUUUGAAGUACAUAAAUCUUUUAUUAAUUUUCAGAGUAUAAAUUUUCAUUUUCAUAAUUGCAGAACACAUUUUUAAACUGUGUACUGAAUAUCAUUGUUAUAGCUCAAGAAAUGUAUUUUGAUACAUUAGUGUUUGCAUUGCACAUUGAUUGUAUAAUAGAUUUUUCAAGUGUGAUUCAUAAUUUUUUUGAUUUUUUUUAUAUUUGGGAAAACAGAAUUUUGUAAUCAAUUUUUAGCUCACUUCCUGAUGUAGUAAAAUCUUGAAAUUUUGAAUUAUGAGUUCUCAAUGACAGUUUACUAUUUUAAUUUGUUCUGAAUUAAAUUAUUUUAUAAUCAUUAAAAUAAUUAAAUUUUAAUUCUGUAUCAGUAGCAAUAUUUGUUUGCUAGUUUUAAAAAAAUUUAAUCUCGUACUUAAUGCAUUGUUGAUUCCCAAUGAGAUGCUGCAGUUGUGAAAACACAAGUUAAAUCUUGAUUGAUCAAUAAUGUGUUAAAAAAUAGAAACUAAUUAAAAUAUUUCUGCUAUUUAAUUCAUUUAUAAAAUUGUGUUUUUAAUUAUUUUUUUAAUAUCUAGAUUCUUGCAUUAUAAGUUUUUAUUAUUUAAAAUGCCUAGUAAUCAAUUAGUUUACUAUGUCACAUAUCAUAACUAACUUUCUUAUACUUACUUUGAUAAGAUUGAAUAAACUUUUAAAUGUCGGUUAUAUGUGUGAGACUGCAUAAAAUGAAAGCAUCAUUCUUUUAAAUUUUGGAAUGUUCCUGAUUAUGAUGUUUAUUAUUUUUCUUAAUAAAUGAACUAAUGCAUUGAAUUUCAAAUUUCAUCAGUAGAUAAAAGUAACAUUCAUUCAGUUUCAUAUUCUGUGUUUAUUAUUAUUUUAGUGAUAUUUUUUUUAUUGAUUUUUAGUCAUUUAUAGAAGUACAGUAAAAUUAGUUUACAAAACUGGUUUGUAUUUUCAUUUAUUUUUUCUUUCAAAAGAAUGUUUAAUUAAUGCUCGCAAAGCAAUAAAAACUAAAAAAAAUAGUCGUAAAAGGUUCCUUUAUCUGUUAAAUUGUACAAAAUAUUCUUUGUAGUAUAUUAAUUUAUUUUAUAUGUGAAAUAUCUACGUAUAUCUUGCAUGGUUUUUCUUUAUAAUAAAAUCCAUGCUUACACCAUCUCAUCAUGUGUCACAUUGGUUUAAGUUUUGUAAUUCAUUGGCCAAUUAUGCUUGGAAGAAGAAAAUAAAGUUAUAAUACUUCAGUAGACUGAAUGGCAAUUAGAUAUUUAAUGAUGGGUAUAUGGUUAUGUUUAUCAUUUGACUUCACAUGAAUUUAUAUCUUUGUAAUUCCAUUUAAUUAUUUGUGUAGUUUACUAAUACUGAUGGUCACAAAAUAUUUACUUAUCUACUUUUUAUGAAGGAUUCUCUAUUUUUUUUCUCCCAUUUUUGUUAUUAAUGUUUAUAGACAAAAUAUCUUGAAUUGAUGUUAAAAGAAACGAUAUAGCAAGAAUGGUAACAAAAAAUAUCAGAUAUUCUUAAACCGUCUAGUUGGGAAAGUUAAAUUUUGAUUACAUCAUUAUGACAUGCCAUUCCAUUCGAAUGAUUUGAUAUUUGCUUUGAGAUAUUAAAUACAGUAAAACAAUUGUUCAUGAUGGAUCAAGGGAAUGAUUUCAAUCUGGGCAUAUAAAAAGAUAUUUAAUUGAAAUUUUAAUAAACAAUUUUCAUUAUUACAAAUUCAAUACAAAUUUAUUUAAAAGUAAUAAUUUUAAAGCAGCUUUAGUAUAUUGCUACAUAGUUUUGAAAUCAAUGAUAAAAUUUUGAAAUUAAGUAUCAAUCAUAAAUUUAAAAUUCAUUCGUUUAUUGUAUAUUUGGUACUAAUUAUACAUUUUUUUAUAUGAUUUAUGUUUGCGCACAUUGACAUUCAGUUAAAAAAAAUUCUUUAAUCAUCAUCUUAGGUGCUAAUUGUCUGUAAGAUUUAAGUUCAUUAUUAUAAAUCCAGUUUAGUUCAUUGAAUGUUUUUACCAUUAGAAUACUGACAAAUAAAAUAACUCAAAAAUAAAAUAAUUUUUCGGUAGAAUCCAGAAAGAUGAAAUAAUUUUUUCUACUACGAAAUUAUAAUAUCGGCUCGCAAAUCAAUACUCUUUGAAGAGGAUUUCUGAUCUCGGGAGAUUCAAGCCUUCAUCAACUCUGAAAACAACGUAUUACCUUGCUUUUACAUCGUAUAAAUUAAAUCAUAAUCAUUAUAAUGGUUAUUAAUGAAUUGGGAUUGUGAUGAAGCGAUGUAUAACUGAUAAAUGUAUAAACGGUGCUUUACGAACUAUAUUUAUUUAUCUUUUGCUCUUCCCACAAUUUUUGGUUAUUAAGUUUCUGAGGCAAAUCUACUUCGUGAUUAGAUUGAAUGCUUAAGUUUGUUGAUGUGAUGAAUUUUAUAAUUUGAUACUGUUUUGUUAUUGACUCUGGAUAUUUCUUUUUUAGUAGUUUGUAAAAUGUAUUUUAGGGAAUCAUUUUGUAAA